CUCUCUCAGUCCAAAGACUGAAACUGGCGCCUUUGGGUUUCUCUCUCUAACUCUGCUUUUUCUUCCACUUCCCAGACAGGCAUUUAUGUUCAUAACCUUUGUUUUUCCUCUACAAAUCUGUUUUCCGUACAUGAGCAACAGUGUCAAUCCGGUUUUCGAAUUUUAAACUCCCAUUGGAAUGUCGAGAAAAGGUUGAAAACCCAUUGAAAAAAGAUCCACUUUUGAUCUUUCUUACCGUCGUUGAGGGAGUUGGCUAGGGUUUCCGAUUCCGCUGCUUCUCUCUGAUCUUUCUUCGUCGACCCCUCAUGGCGGGGCCAUCAUGGUUGAUGGAUGGCUACCGAAUUGCAACAAAGAUAAAGAGUGCAUCUUCUUCUUACAACCCACAAAACUUUGCUGGGAAAAGCAAUCCUUCAAGACAUUGCCCAAACUGCGAUCACGUUAUAGACAACACUGAUGUCGUUGAUGAUUGGCCAGGAUUGCCUAGAGGUGUGAAAUUUGAUCCAUCGGAUCAGGAGAUCAUAUGGCAUUUGCAAGCAAAGGUUGGUUUAUCCGGUCUAAGCUCCCAUCCGUUUAUCGAUGAGUUCAUUCCAACUGUUGAUGAAGACGAUGGGAUUUGUUACACACAUCCUAAGAAUUUACCAGGUGUCAAGCAAGAUGGAUCGGUGUCUCACUUCUUCCAUAGAUCGAUCAAAGCCUAUAGCACGGGAACUCGAAAGAGGAGGAAGAUUCAUGAUGACGAUUUUGGUGAUGUGCGGUGGCAUAAGACUGGAAGAACUAAGCCUGUGAUACUGGAUGGUGUUCAGAGAGGCUGUAAGAAAAUUAUGGUUCUCUAUGGAGGAAAAUCCGGGAAAACUAAUUGGGUCAUGCAUCAAUACCACUUGGGGACAGAGGAGGAUGAGAAGGAACGUGAAUAUGUCGUUUCAAAGAUAUUCUACCAACAGCAGCAGCAGCAAGUCGGUAAAGCAGCAGAACAAGAAGAAGUACCUAAGGAAAUCUUUGCGAUGACUCCAACAAAAGCAGACACUGUCUCUCCAAAUGCGGUGACUCCUCCUGAACCCCGACAUUGCUCUGAUGUUCACUUAGUGGAUAAGUCUGUAACUGGUCACCCGAUUCCUCUUGUUCGGACUGCUGAGUCAGGUUACACGGAUAAUGAGGUUCAACCUAAUUGUAAAAGACUCGGUCCUGAGGAUGAGCCUGAACCCGCAAAUCGAGUGUAUCAAAUGAGAGAUGAUAAUGAACCCUGUCCUGAGGAUGAGCCUGAGCCUGAACAUCAAGAAUAUCAAAUGGGAGAUGGUAAUGAGAAGGAAUUGAAAGAUAAAGACGGUGAGGAGGAGGAAUAUCCGAAAUGGUGGGAUAGCGGUUCUCAGUAUAUCCUGGACUCACAGCAGCUUGUGGAAGCAUUGUCUCUUUGUGAUGAUCUUCUGCAAAGCCAACCAUCACCUAAGAGAGAGGAUGAAGGUGCGAAGAAUAAACCCCGUCUCUCCGAUUAUGCUCAGUUAGGACCAGAUGACUUCAAAAGAGAUCUUGAGGAGUGUCAGAACAUCGAUCUUGAUCCUUCUAACAUAGAGCUCGAUACCCCACCCGAUUUCCGCCUCAGCCAACUGGAAUUUGGAUCUCAGGAAAGCUUUCUCGCUUGGGGUGGCGGAAAGACAAUCGAGUAAUGAAACCUCCGGAAGCUCAGGAACAUUUUGAUCAUGUUUUGUCCAUAAACAAUGUAAUGUUGCUGCAUGGUUGUACGGCCAAAACCAAUCUCUGCUGACAAGAUUGGGCAUUGCUUUGGCUCAUUGAAACUCAGCAGCUUCUGUUCUGUCGGAGCAUGUUUCUUGCUGCAUCUGAAUUUUUGCCUGUGAACUUUACUGACACAUGUCCCUGAGUUUCAGCUUCUGUCAUAGCAAGCAUGUGUGUAAUGUUCAUGCAAAGACAGGAUUUAUCACAUGUUUUCCACUUAGAUCAUGUAUGUCUACAUUUUGAUUCUAUUAACAGUUUUUAUUUUGAGCC